AUGCCAACCCUUGAUGACAUUUUAGAGCAUGUUGGAGAAUUUGACAGGUUCCAGAAGCAAACCUUCUUUGUCCUGUGUUUGCUUUCUGCUGCCUUCACCCCAGUGUACGUGGGUGUUGUCUUCUUUGGGUUCAUCCCUGAGCAUCACUGCUUCAGUCCUGGGGUGGCUGAGCUGAGCCAGCAGUGUGGCUGGAGCCUGGAGGAGCAGCUGAAUUACACAGUUCCCAAGUGGGAUGGCCACGGGGCCAGUUAUGACAGCCGCUGCAGUCGGUACGAGGUGGACUGGAAUGCGACGGGUGUCAGUUGCACUGACCCCCUUGGCAGCCUCGUGAGCAAUGGAAGCACCGUCUCCCUCGGUCCCUGCCGGGAUGGCUGGGUCUACAACUCUCCAGGGAGCUCUCUCGUGACUGAGUUUGACCUGGUGUGUGAGGAUUCCUGGAAGUUGGACCUCUUUCAGUCUUCUGUGAAUGCUGGGUUUUUUAUUGGCUCCAUAAACAUUGGCUACAUUGCAGACAGGUUUGGCCGUAAAUUUUGCCUCUUAACCACAAUUCUUGCAAAUGUUGUCUGUGGAAUCCUUCUGGUCUUUGUGCCCAGCUACCUGUGGAUAGUCAUCAUCCGGUUCUUGCAAGGGCUGGUUAGCAAGGGCUGCUGGACUGCAGGCUACAUCCUGGUGACAGAAGUCGUGGGCCCGCAGUACCGGAGGACAGUGGGCAUCCUUUACCAGACAGCCUUCUCCGUUGGGCUCCUGAUCUUUGAUGCCAUCGCUUACGCCAUCCCUCACUGGCGGUGGCUGCAGCUCACUGUCACCCUGCCCAGCUGCUUCUUCCUGCUCUACUACUGGUGCCUCCCAGAGUCUCCCAGGUGGCUGAUAUCUCAAGGAAAAAAUGACAAAGCUAUGAAAAUUAUCAGUGAUAUGGCUAAAAAAAAUCAGAAAAAGAUACCUUCACAUUUUGAGGAUAUUAAAUUUGAAGAGGAAGAUUGUGGAAAGCAGAAUCCUUCAUUAAUUGACCUUGUUAGGACACCACAAAUAAGAAAAAACACGCUCAUUUUGAUGUACAACUGGUUCACAAGCUCUGUCCUCUACCAGGGGCUCAUCAUGCACAUGGGAAUGGCUGGUGGGAACAUGUAUCUGGAUUUUCUCUAUUCUGCACUUGUUGAGUUCCCAGCUGCCUUCAUCAUCCUCAUCACUAUUGACCGUGUCGGGCGGCGCUACCCCUGGGCUGUGUCAAACCUGGUGGCUGGGGCUGCCUGCCUUGUCACAGCCCUGAUCCCAGAAGACAUACAUUGGCUAAAAGUGAUUACUUCUUGCAUUGGGAGAAUGGGAAUUACAAUGGCUUUUGAAAUGGUUUGCUUUGUAAACACUGAACUGUAUCCAACAUACAUCAGGAAUCUUGGGGUGAUGGUUUGCUCCUCCUUGUGUGAUGUUGGUGGAGUCAUCGUCCCAUUCAUUGUCUACAGACUGGUGGAAGUCUGGCAUGAUCUGCCUCUGAUCGUCUUCACUGUUUUUGGUUUGAUUGCGGGUGGAUUGGUGUUGCUUCUGCCUGAAACUAAAGGAAGAGUUUUGCCUGAGACUGUGGAGGAUGUUGAAAAUCUUCACAGGCAAAGUGCUCCAAAGACCAAAAAAAUCUAUCUCCACGUCCAAACAUCAGAAGUAACACGUGGCUGAAGAAGACAUGUCUUGCUGGGCAGUCUGCUUUAGGGCAGUAGCAUGGAAGGGCAAAUUGGAAUAAAUAC